AGCCCCCAUUUUUGUCCUCAACUCCAUUUUAAUUUCUUCUACAAACUUCUGCAGAAAAAUUCACUGAUUUCUUUGUGCUGCUCUGUUCUGCAACUCUUUUUUUUUUUUUUUUUUUUUGAAUUUUGCCCAUGGUGGUUUCUGCAGUGAGGUUUAAUUGAAACUGAAAUUGAAAUCUGUGUUUGGGGGAGAAAAGCUUGAGGGUUUUGAAGAUGGGGGAGAAGCCUGAAGUUCUUGAUGCUGUGCUGAAGGAAACUGUGGAUUUGGAGAAUAUCCCAAUUGAAGAAGUGUUUGAGAAUCUCAGAUGCACCAGAGAGGGCCUUACUUCCCAGGCUGCUACAGAGAGGUUAGCCAUUUUUGGUCACAACAAGCUUGAAGAAAAGAAGGAGAGCAAGUUCUUGAAGUUUCUAGGGUUUAUGUGGAACCCUCUUUCAUGGGUUAUGGAAGCUGCAGCUAUAAUGGCUAUUGCUCUUGCUAAUGGAGGAGGAAAGCCUCCUGAUUGGCAGGACUUUGUUGGUAUCAUCACAUUGCUUAUAAUCAAUUCGACGAUUAGUUUCAUCGAGGAGAACAAUGCUGGCAACGCUGCAGCUGCCCUAAUGGCCCGGCUUGCGCCGAAAGCGAAAGUUCUUCGCGACGGGAGGUGGAAUGAGGAAGAAGCUUCCAUUUUGGUGCCCGGAGAUAUAGUUAGCAUCAAGCUUGGAGAUAUAAUUCCGGCCGAUGCUCGUUUGCUCGAUGGCGAUCCGCUGAAAAUUGAUCAGUCUGCAUUGACCGGCGAGUCGCUCCCGGUGACGAAGGGGCCGGGCGACGGCGUCUACUCGGGUUCGACGUGUAAACAGGGAGAAAUCGAGGCUGUCGUUAUCGCUACGGGUGUUCAUACAUUCUUCGGGAAAGCUGCGCACCUCGUCGAUUCGACUAAUCAAGUCGGACACUUUCAGAAGGUUUUGACUGCGAUCGGGAACUUCUGCAUUUGCUCGAUUGUGGUGGGGAUGGUUAUAGAGAUAAUUGUGAUGUACCCUAUUCAACACCGCAAGUAUCGCCCCGGGAUCGACAAUCUUCUCGUUCUUCUCAUCGGAGGAAUUCCGAUCGCCAUGCCGACGGUCCUUUCGGUUACGAUGGCCAUCGGCUCUCAUCGUUUGGCUCAACAGGGAGCUAUUACGAAGAGAAUGACGGCAAUCGAAGAAAUGGCUGGCAUGGAUGUGCUUUGCAGCGACAAGACGGGGACUUUGACGCUGAACAAGCUCACCGUCGAUAAGAAUCUCAUCGAGGUUUUCGCUAAAGGCGUCGAUGCGGAUACCGUCGUUCUGAUGGCUGCUCGAGCCUCUCGAAUGGAAAACCAGGAUGCCAUUGACGCUGCGAUAGUUGGAAUGCUGGCUGACCCAAAAGAGGCACGGGCUGGAAUUAGAGAGGUGCAUUUCCUCCCGUUUAACCCUACGGAUAAACGAACAGCGUUGACUUACUUCGACGGCGAAGGAAAGAUGCACAGGGUCAGUAAAGGCGCGCCCGAACAGAUUCUAAACCUUUCGCAUAACAAGUCGGAGAUUGAGCGAAGGGUUCAUGCGGUGAUUGAUAAGUUUGCCGAGCGAGGUUUGAGAUCUCUCGCUGUUGCCUAUCAGGAAGUUCCGGAAAGAACUAAAGAGAGCCCGGGAGGGCCGUGGCAGUUCGUUGGUCUCAUGCCUCUGUUUGAUCCGCCUCGACAUGACAGCGCGGAAACUAUUCGAAGGGCGUUGAAUCUUGGAGUAAAUGUGAAAAUGAUAACGGGCGAUCAGCUUGCAAUAGGAAAAGAAACGGGGCGGAGAUUGGGAAUGGGAACUAACAUGUAUCCUUCGUCGGCUUUGCUGGGACAAAAUAAGGAUGAGUCGAUUGCCGCUCUUCCGAUCGACGAACUUAUCGAGAAAGCUGAUGGUUUUGCGGGCGUUUUCCCGGAGCAUAAAUACGAAAUAGUAAAGCGACUGCAAGCUAGAAAACACAUUUGUGGAAUGACCGGUGAUGGAGUGAACGAUGCCCCUGCUUUGAAGAAGGCUGACAUUGGCAUUGCCGUUGCCGAUGCAACUGAUGCAGCUCGUAGUGCUUCGGACAUUGUCCUAACGGAACCGGGCCUCAGCGUUAUAAUCAGCGCUGUUUUAACCAGUCGAGCGAUCUUCCAAAGAAUGAAAAAUUACACAAUUUACGCCGUUUCGAUCACAAUCCGUAUUGUGCUCGGUUUUAUGCUCUUGGCUUUGAUAUGGGAGUUCGACUUUCCGCCGUUUAUGGUUCUUAUCAUCGCAAUAUUGAACGAUGGUACCAUCAUGACCAUAUCGAAAGAUCGAGUAAAACCGUCGCCACUCCCUGACAGCUGGAAGCUCGCCGAGAUUUUCGCCACCGGAAUUAUCCUCGGCGGUUACUUGGCAAUGAUGACCGUCAUAUUCUUUUGGGCGGCGUACAAAACAGAUUUCUUUCCGCGCGUAUUCGGAGUGGCGACUCUUGAGAAGACUGCUCACGACGACUUCAGAAAGCUUGCUUCGGCGAUAUAUCUUCAAGUGAGCACUAUAAGUCAGGCUCUAAUAUUCGUUACGAGAUCCCGAAACUGGUCGUAUAUCGAGCGUCCUGGUUUGUUGCUCGUCGCAGCAUUCGUGAUUGCCCAACUGGUUGCUACUUUGAUCGCUGUAUACGCAAAUUGGAGCUUCGCAGCGAUUGAAGGAAUCGGGUGGGGGUGGGCAGGGGUGAUAUGGCUUUACAAUAUCAUCUUCUAUAUCCCGCUCGACAUUAUCAAGUUCCUCAUCCGAUACGCGCUGAGUGGUCGAGCAUGGGAUCUCGUUCUCGAGCAAAGAAUUGCUUUCACAAGGAAAAAGGAUUUCGGAAAAGAGCAACGCGAGCUGAAAUGGGCGCACGCUCAAAGGACCCUUCAUGGCUUACAAGUACCCGAUACAAAAUUAUUUAACGAAACCAACAACUUUUCCGAACUCAAUCAAUUGGCAGAGGAAGCAAAGAGACGAGCCGAGAUUGCAAGGUUGCGCGAGCUGCACACACUGAAAGGUCACGUCGAAUCUGUGGUGAGGCUCAAGGGUCUCGACAUCGAUACAAUUCAGCAAGCUUAUACCGUAUGAACGAGGUAACCGUUCUUCCGUUUCUUAAACUAGUGCGGCAUUAAAAAUCAACUUUAAAUUACAAGCUAUUAGAUUAGAGAGGCUGCUAGGUUGUGCUCGUUGUAUCCGAGCAAAGUGUACUUUAGAAAUGUUCAAAUGUGACAGUUUACCUUUCAAGUUUUCGCCUCAAAACUUCUGUUUUUGUUGUGCUAGACGUCGAUGUUUAUAUACAUAUAUAUAUAUAUAUAUACAUAUGCUUAGAGCCUUUAGCGUCGA